UCAGUGACUGCACAUCAGACUUUGUCUGCUUUCUCAGUUUCUCAGUGUGUGAGCAAUACCAGCUUGAAUCUGGUUAAACAGCUUUUGUGCACAAAGAAGACUUUUUUUAGGGAAUGCAAUAAAUAUUCUGAACCUCUGCUGUUGGAGCUAAUCCUCAUUUGCCUUUUUUUGUGGGGCAUCAUUCUUUUUUUGCAAACAUGGAGAAACUUCACAGGAAUUAACAACUUUGUUGUAUUACACUACUGUAGUCAGGAGGCAGUCUUUCUCUUCAUUUAGAAGCUUCUGCUUGUAGGACCUGUUUACAAUAUAUGGAGUAACUGGAAAAAAUAUGCAUGGCAAAAUAAACUGGAGAAAUCAUAUAAUAUUGUGAAAUCAUGUAAACUGACAGACGUUUUUCACACACAUAAUUUUAUAUUGUCCUUGCCUAGUUUGUUGCAUAUUUGUUUUAAGUUAAUUUUUUCCAUAGUUUUCCACUAAUGUUUUCACUUAGAAUUUGUGGAAAUCUUGGUUUCUUUACUGAGUUCCAGUAAUUCUGGGUUUGGUAUUGAAUUUCAGAAGACAUUGGAGCUCUUAAUAACCAAGAAUUCAUAUUUUUCUGGAAAACAUCUGUAUGUAUGUUUUGAUUUAUUUUAGAUUUUUUUAUCUUCUACAACACAUUUUUGUACUGCCUGCAUGAUAUUGUGAGUCAUGCUGCAGAGCAUUGUAUUGCAGUUGUUUUACAUUUUUAGUCUCUUGAUGGUGUUUUAUUUUUAAAAGUUUGCUGUUCAGUGAAUAGCUGUUUGUUACACCAUUGUUAUUUAAUUCAGCUUGGUUCCAGAUAGAUCGGUUGUCUAUGGUAAGGUUUCAGUUGUUCUGGCUCAGGUGUUGACAAAGGUCUAGUGUUGUUUACAGGAAGUUAAUCUCAGUUUUGUAUAACCCAUUGAGGGUGUCCUAAGCUUUGACCAUUUUGAGUUCUGGUUGAAUUCCGGUGUCAAAUAACUCCUUAUCAGUGCCUUCAUGCCUCUUCAGAAAGAAAUUUUGAGGGAAGUCUGGACAACAAACAACCUUCACAGUGAAGAUUCCACUCUGCCGAAGCAACAGCUGGGUGCUCUCUCAAAUCAGAAAGCAAAAAAGAAGAGACAGGAGCCUGUCAUGGUGCAGUCUAAUGGCACUGAUGCAAAACCCAAGAAAACUAAGUCAAAGAAGAGUGAAGACCUGUCUGGUGGAGAGGAGAGCACCCCAACAAAAAAUGGAAAGAAAGUGAAGAAAAAGAAACCAGACAAAGAAACUGAGUCUAAGAAGAAGACAAAAAUGGCCCCCAAAAAGAAAAAAGGUUCAGAUGAUGAGGAAGAUGAGGAGGAUGCAGAUGAAGCUCCUGAAGAAGCCCCCUCAAAAAAGACAAAGAAAAAAACAAAAGACAUUGCCAAUGCAUCUGGAGACAACAAGGACAAGAAAGCUAGAGCCAAAGAAGAAAAAAAUGACUCAGAAGCCAAAGGAAAAGUGACAAAAUCCAAAAAGAAAGAGCCAGCUUUCAUGUUCCAGAUAAAUGGAGAGAAGCCUGAGGAGAAAACCAAGAAAAAGGCAGAGACCAAAUCAGAUGAUGAUGACAGCGAGUCUGAAAGCAAACCAAGCAAAAUGAAGAAGAAAGCCACUGCCAAUCCAGCCUCUAUGUUCCAGGCAGGAGGAGAUCCCAAGGACAAGAAAGGAAAAAAGAAAGGUUCUGCAAAAGAGGAGGACAAGAGUGAAGAAGAGAGCUCAGAGGUGACCCAGAAGACCAAAAAGAAGGGCAAAGGCAAAAAAAAGAAGGAGGAAGAGAGGCCUCCAUCACCAGAAAUCGAGGUGGAGAACCUAGAACAGUUUGUGCUACAGCCUGCACCCCAGGGCGUCACUAUCAAGUGUAGAGUCACCCGUGACAAAAAGGGCAUGGACAGGGGCCUGUACCCAACCUACUAUCUGCAUCUCGACAAUGAAAAGAAGGUCUUCCUCCUGGCUGGGCGAAAACGCAAGAAAAGCAAAACAUCCAACUACCUGAUAUCUGUAGACCCUACAGACAUGUCUCGUGAUGGAGAAAAUUUCAUUGGAAAAUUGAGGUCCAAUUUAAUGGGAACCAAAUUUACAGUGUUCGAUAAUGGAGUAAACCCUGAGAGAGCAAGCUCUGAUUUAUCCAAUGCCCGUCAGGAACUUGCUGCCAUCAUUUAUGAGACAAAUGUACUGGGAUUUAAAGGCCCCAGAAAGAUGACAGUCAUAAUUCCUGGAAUGAAUGAGGACAGCGAGCGAGUACCAAUUCGACCACGAAAUGAAAAUGAUGGACUGCUCAUUCGCUACCAAAAUAAGAACAUGGACAACCUGAUUGAGCUUCACAACAAAACACCGGUGUGGAAUGAUGAGACACAGUCCUACGUGCUCAAUUUCUCUGGACGAGUAACCCAUGCCUCCGUCAAGAACUUCCAAAUUGUCCACAGCAAGGAUGUUGACUAUAUAGUGAUGCAAUUUGGACGAGUGGCAGAUGAUGCUUUUACACUGGACUAUAACUACCCCAUGUGUGCUGUACAGGCCUUCGCCAUUGCUUUGUCUAGCUUUGAUGGCAAACUCGCCUGUGAGUAACAGAAGAUUAAAAUGCAAGGUUGCAAGAAACAAAAUGGUUUUCCACCGUGCUGUGAAAUCACAAAGAACUGCAGGUAGAUGCAGAAAAAUUACAAGCAUUCCAUUAUCCAGAGUUCACUCUUCCCAGCCAUGAUGGCAAACCCUCACAUGCUUCAAUUUUGUGUCAGAUGUUUUCGAAAAUGUCAACUUUGGCAUUAAUUUGUUAAUUUUAAAAUUUGCCAUUGUUUAAAACAAUAUUUUAUUUGCUUUGUAUACUUUAGCUAACUUUGUUUCUGAUAAAUGUGAGCCUAGGACAUUUACUGACUUUAAGGGGUGAUGCUGUAACAGAACUUCUAUUACAAAAAAGUAAUAUGGAGAAAUCAUAAUAAAAAUUAAAAGAUCAUUACUGCAACUAGCUGAAUAUUACUAUAUGUGAUGGAAAACAUAUUGUUGGCAGACCUUUCAUCAAACAUGAUACAGAAAUUAUUGCAUGGAAAAUCAAAUGAAUGAGUUGUGUUGGUAAAUUACAACACUUUGGGCUAUCUAUUGUGAUGCCACAGGGGGAUGCGGACAUCUAAACGGCACCAGUUAUAGACAGGGCACGAUAGACACACCAAACACAGUCAUAUGGUUUAUAGUGAAUAAUCAAAUGUGCAAAAAUAAAAUAAGCUAGUAAACCUA